CAAUAAAUGAUAAAGUAAAGAUUCCAUCUUCAUGCUCCUCUAUUGAUAUUAUGCACUUAGUUGGAUUCCGUGCUAUGGCUAAUAACAUAAAUAAGUUGGCAUGUCUAACCUUACCCCGAGAACCAGAAGAUCCUGAACACAUCAUAUCAACAGCUAUUGACUAUCAAGAAUGGGAUGCAGUAGAUAACGAUUCAGACCCAGCAGUUAUUACUGAAUAUAAGUAA